GCUGCAACUCAACCUCCAUAGCGGAGGCGGAGCUACUCCUUGCCAUGGAGGAAGUGUCCGCCUACGCGGCUUUGGUCCAAGAACCGUGGAUAGCGUCGGGCAACACGGUGGCUGGGCUGAAGUCGCUUAAUUACGAUCUGUACGUCCCGACAUUGCAAUGACGAUCUUACCGUGGUGGUGCUGGAGAGCCGUGAGGGAUGUUUGCUGCUGGCAUCCUGCUACAUGGCCCACGACAUGCCGGCUCCACCUGACGAGCUGCGGAGGCUGGUGGACAUGGUCUGCUCCUCCAAAAAACAUCUUAUCAUCGGAACGGACGCCAACGCCCACCAUAGCGUCUGGGGAAGUCCCGACAUUAACGACAGGGGUGAGUCAGUUCUUGAUUUUAUCCUUAACAAUAAGCUUAGACUAGCCAAUAGAGGUGAGGUAUCUACCUAUGUAGGUCCCACCUCUUGUAAUGUGCUGGACUUAACGAUUGCGACUGAGUGUACCAAUGUAGAAGAGUGGAGGGUCCUGGAUAGACCCUCCUUCUCGGAUCAUAAGUACAUUCAAUUUACCAUUCCAUUUAACAGGGUACCUGCGGCUCAGCCGUUCAGAAAUCCCCGCAAUACUAACUGGGCGAAAUUCUCUAGCCUUGUUUCCAAGUCUCUUGGUCCGCCGGGUAACAUCAACUCGGUACAGGACCUAGAAACAAAUGUCAAUGUCCUCUCAGCAGGACUACUUUCCGCAUUUCGCCAAUCAUGUAGGCUCUCUAGACCGACGAGAAGAUCGAAGCCACCCUGGUGGAACCCAGAUCUCUCUUCGCUUCGUGGGGAGCUUACUAGCAUGUUUCAACUUGCUAAGAAGGCGGACAAUGAAUAUGUGUGAGACGAGUACAGGU